CCCUCUUUUUUUUGCAAAGAAUUCACACCAAAUUCCAAAAAACUCAAAUCCCCAACUUAAAUCGCCCCUAAAAUCGGGUAGUCUCCCGUCUCCUCAAAACCUCACUCCACCAAAAUCAUCAAAAACCCUAGAAAACAAAAGAAAACCCAACGAAAUCAAACAAAAAAUGAAGGAUAAAUCUCCAAAGCUCCGAUACGCAAUGGUCUGCUCCUCGAACCAGAAUCGGAGCAUGGAAGCCCACUCCCUCCUCCAGCGCCAUGGCUUCGACGUCUCCUCCUACGGCACUGGGGCACACGUUAAGCUCCCCGGUCCAUCGUACCGCGAGCCCAACGUCUACGAAUUCGGAACCCCUUAUCACAAGAUGUACGAUGACCUCCUCCGCAAGAACCCUGAAUUGUACAAGCGUAAUGGGAUCUUGCCGAUGUUGAAGAGGAAUAUGAGUGUGAAGCUAGCGCCUCAGCGCUGGCAGGAUAAUGCUGCUGAUGGCCCCUUUGAUGUUGUUCUCAGUUUCGAAGAUAGGGUUUUCGAUGCAAUUGUUGAUGAUAUAUGUACUCGGGAACAACCAUUGAUGCACCCUGUAUUGAUGCUCAAUAUGGAUGUAAAAGAUAGCCAUGAAGAGGCUGCUGCUGGUGCUAAGCUUGCUUUGGAUCUCUGCAUGCAGCUUGAAGCAGCAAAGUCUUGGGAGGACGAAAUUGAUGAUAUUGUUAGGACUUUCGAGAAGGAAAACAACAAAAGUCUCCUUUUCAAUGUUUCCUUUUAUUAGACUAAAAGUUCUUCAAAGAGAUUUAAACCAGUUGCUUGAGAAAAAUAUGUAAUAAUUUACCGCUAGUUUUCCAAACAUUAUGUGUACUUUUUGUUGUGAGAUAUGUCAUACUUCAUAGGCCUCUUUACAUUAUUGACUUCAUAGGCCUCGUUACAUUAUUGUGCUUCUAUAUGUUUUUGAGCUUUGAGUAAAGGGGAUACUCCUUUUAGUGGA